UAAGGCGGAGCGGCCACCAUCUUGGAACGGGAGGCGGAGCAGAGCUGACUGGGAGCCACCGAGCGGGCCGCCGCCGCCGCCAUGAACCCCGAAUAUGACUACCUGUUUAAGCUGCUUUUGAUUGGUGACUCGGGUGUAGGCAAGUCAUGCCUGCUCCUUCGGUUUGCUGAUGAUACAUACACAGAGAGCUACAUCAGCACCAUCGGGGUGGACUUCAAGAUCCGAACCAUUGAGCUGGAUGGCAAAACCAUCAAACUUCAGAUUUGGGACACAGCUGGUCAGGAACGGUUCCGGACCAUCACUUCUAGCUACUACCGGGGAGCUCAUGGCAUCAUCGUGGUGUAUGACGUCACUGACCAGGAAUCCUACGCCAAUGUGAAGCAGUGGCUGCAGGAGAUAGACCGCUAUGCCAGCGAGAAUGUCAAUAAGCUCCUGGUGGGCAACAAGAGCGACCUCACCACCAAGAAGGUUGUGGAUAACACCACAGCCAAGGAGUUUGCAGACUCUCUGGGCAUCCCCUUCCUGGAGACAAGUGCCAAGAAUGCCACCAACGUGGAGCAGGCGUUCAUGACCAUGGCUGCUGAGAUCAAAAAGCGGAUGGGGCCAGGGGCGGCUUCCGGGGGUGAACGGCCCAACCUCAAGAUCGACAGCACCCCUGUGAAACCAGCUAGCGGUGGCUGUUGCUAGGAGGGGCCCUUGAGAUGGGACAGGAGGGAAUGCCUUCUCCAGAUGAUGCCCCUAGAGGGCGCAGGAGAUGCCUCUCCCUCUCCUGGGGCAUUUGAGUCUGUGGCUUUGGGGCGUCCUGGGCUCCCCAUCUCCCUUUGGCCCAUCUGCCUGCUGCCCUGAGCCCCGGUUCUGUCAGGGCCCCCAAGGGAGAACAUACAGGACCUGUGGCUGGGGUAGGCACGGGGGGCUGCUCUGCUGCUGCCUCUAGGUACCUUGAAAAGAUGCCCCUCCACGCACCUUCCUUUGGAAUGAGGGCUCCACUGUCUGUCUCCCCACCUCUAUGUAUGCUGCACUGGGUUUCUCUCCUUCCUCCCCUCUCCCUUUCCCAGGAGCUGAGGGCCUGCCUGGCCUUUGCCGCCCCUGGCUGCAUUCAGUGGCCACGGUGUCCAGGAGCCCAAACCCAGGGUCCUGGGCCAGACCUCAGGAUGGGCAUGGUGGCUGAGGGGCCCCAGCAGCCCAGCCUUUCCCCAGCCUCCCUCCCCCUUCCCACACUCACAGCCGUCCAGCUGCGGUGGGGUCUGAGCACAGCCAGGGUAGGUGGGCGGGCAGCCUGGCUGGGCCUGUGUCUCUGUCACACAGGGAGCCUGCUCCUGCCUCCCCCUGCCCUGCCAGAGCCAGGCCCGUGCGAGGCCUGCCCACCGUGCCCCUUUGUCCCCACGGCAGGCGGAGGCGGAAGGCCCACCGUGCCAGAGGCCUGGCACCAGCCUUAACCCUCACUUUGCCAGCAUCGCCCUUUCCCUGAGGCGGCACCUCUGGCUUACUCCUUCAUCCUGAGAGCCUAGGGCCAGAGCCGCCUCUCCACCGCUACUUCUCUGGGGGAGCGGGGCUGCCUCCCAGCAUUGGGGGUGUCUCUGCCAUCUCUUCCUGCCCAGGAUCCCGGCCUCUGCCCUUCAGCACAGCUGCUUCUUGCAGAAAACCAACCGUUGGUCUCUAAGAAGCCAUGUCCCUCAGUGCUGUCUCUUGCCUGUCCCCCCACGCCUGCCCUGUCCUCCCCUCCAGCUUGUAUUUAAAUCCCCCGGGGCUGCCCCUGAGGGGCCCCUUCUCCCCUCUGGUGUCAUGUCAGGCAUUUUGCAAGGAAAAGCCACUUGGGGAAAGACGGAAAAGGAUUAAAAAUAAUAAAUUUCCACUGGCCCUUGGACGAGCCAAGGGUUUUUGCAAGGAA